AUGCUGAGACAAAUGCAACUGCGUUGGAGCGGCCACCUGGUGCGCAUGGACGACGAGCGACUGCCCAAACGACUCUUCUACGGAGAUGUCGCCACGGGUUGUCGUCGCCAAGGAGGCCAAAUUCGAAGAUACAAGGAUACCCUGAAGUCCUCCCUGAAGCGUCUGCAAAUUAACCCGACCAACUGGGAAGACCUCGCCCACGCUCGACAGACCUGGAGGAGGACAGUGAAGACGGGCACGGCGACCGACGAAGCCAACAGCAUGGCCGCCGACAUAGUCAAACGUGAAGCACUCAAAUCACAGCUGCGCCCACCUCGCAAUGCCAACGCACAAUCGCCUCCAACAUGUCCUCGGAGCCAAAGCACCUUCCGGACACGAAAUGGAAUUAUCUGA